AGCAGCAUAUAAUAAAGUGGUCUUAAUUUGGAAAAGUAAUUAAGUAUUAUUAUUGUUAUGGAAUAUCAUGAAAUAAUAGAGGAGGGAGUAGAACCAGUUAGUCCUGUGGGACAAUAUUUCAACAGCUCUGCACUAUGCAUAUACAUUAUUGGAGUUAUAGAAUUUGAAGUUCCAAUUCAUGGUUUGCUAAUGCAGGCUAUGUCUCUUCUCAAACAUGUUUUUCUUCCCAUCAAUCCACGCUUCUCCUCCAUCAUGGUGCAAGACAAAAAAGGAGAGAAAAGAUGGAAGAAAGUUGAUGUAAACUUGAAAGAACAUGUGAGAACCCCAAUAUUCCCAAAAACACUAGAAUCAAAUGACAAGUGGUUUGAAGAUUACUUAUCAAGAAUAUCAAUGGAGGAAUUACCACAAAGCAAGCCCUUAUGGGAAGUUCACAUAGUGAAUAGCCCGACAAGUGAUGCAAAUGGGAGUGUGAUAUUCAAGCUUCACCAUGCACUUGGAGAUGGCUACUCUCUAAUGGGUGCACUUCUCUCAUGUCUUCAAAGAGCUGAUGACCCUUCUCUUCCUUUGUCUUUUCCAACUCUCAAGCCUUCAAAGCAAGAAUCUAAGUCCACCAAGGGAAUUUGUUCAAGCUUUUCUUGGUUGGUGUCUUCGGCAUUUUACACCGUGGCAGAUUUUGGAUGGAGCAUGUUGAAGAGUAGCAUCAUUAAUGAUGAAAAGACACCAAUUAGAUCUGGGAAUGUUGGUGUUGAGUUUCAACCGAUUUCUAUAUCAACCAUGGCUUUCUCUAUCAAUCAAGUCUCGGAUAUCAAGUCUAGGCUUGGAGUGACAAUAAACGAUGUAGUAACUGGAAUAGUGUUCUAUGGGACAAGAUUGUAUAUGGAACAAAUGAACUCCAAAUCAAAGACAGCAGAAUCCACUGCAUUGGUGUUACUGAAUACAAGAAACAUUGAAGGAUACCAAUCAAUCAAUGAUAUGCUCAACACCAAAGCCAAGGGUCCUUGGGGCAACAAAAUUUCCUUCUUGCAUGUUCCUAUUCCCAAAUUAAAACAAAGUAGAACCUCAAAUCCUUUAGAGUUUAUUUGGGAAGCACAUAACAUAAUCAAGAGAAAGAAACAAUCUUUAGCUGUUCCUCUUACCGGCACACUAUUGGAAAUGGAGGGUAAAUUCAGAGGGCAAGAGGCAGUAGCUAAACACAUUUAUGGGACAUUAUCAAAUUCAAGUGCGGUUAUUUCAAACUUAGUUGGACCACUACAACAAAUGGCUUUAGCUAAUCAUCCUGUCAAAGGCUUGUAUUUUACUCUCGCUGGUGGACCUGAGAGUCUUGUCAUUUCAAUUAUGAGUUAUAUGGGAGUGCUAAGAGUUACCUUCAAGACCGAAAAAGAUUUUAUAGAUGAACAAAAAUUGAAGUCAUGCAUGCAAAGUGCAUUUCAGAAGAUACUCAAAGCAGCAAAGGAAAUUCCUGACAAAACCAGAUAUUAAUGAGUUCGUGAGAAUGAAGGUUAUUAAAAUUUCUUGUAUUUAGUUAGAAUUAUUGGAAUUAUUUGUUAUGUCGCCUUAAUUAUUUUAUUACUCCGUACAUGAGUUGAAAAUUAGUAAAAAGAAAAGCCCACUCUUAAUAUAAUGUUUA